CCAGUUUGGCGCAUGCCCGGACGUGCUUUCUUCAACAUCCGGGGAGUGAGGGGCGGAGCCUCCUUCCUCUGCCGGCGACAGACAGCCGUUAGCCCGAGCCGGGCGGGUGAACUUGUUUCGGGACAAUUUCUGGCUCUGACCGCGUUUGUUGGUGGUGGUGGAGAAGAAGAAACCUCGGCGGGAGGAUGGUGCCCCCUCUGCCCCUGUCCUCCCUGCGUCUCCUCAUCCCUCCCAUCCGCAUGCUGGCUGCGGCCAUGUGGCAGCUGGCGCUGAAGCAGAGAGUGGAGCAUUAUGGGAAGCUGGAAGACUUCGUCCUGCUGGUAACUGAGGCGGUUCCACAGCUGCUGACCGACAGACAGAAGAGUCUGCUGCUGCUGGCUCUGAGAGCCAAGGUGCUCCUCUCCGAUCCCACUGAUGUCAACCAUCACCUAAACAGAAUCCAGGCUGUUUUCCAGGCAACGGAGGAUAAGGAUGCCAAACAGUGGUGCACCGCUCUCUCCUCUCUAGUCCACAGAGUGACGCUACAGUCAGCUGACAUACAGCGCCUCCUACAGGAGGUGUUCGACCAGAGCUUUGACUCCGCCCUCCUGUCGCUUGUGUCGAACUUCCUGUCCCGGAUCGAGCAGCUGUUUCCCGUCCCGGACUUCAAGCAGGCUGCCUCCUGGCUGGAUGGCACCCCUGUUGGUCUGGAGGUUAACGUGCAGGAAGAUCUGAUGGAGCUGCUGAGCCACCCCAGCUGCCGCCUUGGAAAGGCCACGACUGCAGUGGGUUCAGCGUCUGAAGAAACCCUUCUCUCUGCCUGGUCCCACCCACUGAUUUACAAACUAUCCAAUCCUGACCCUCCUCCCUUUGAAGGCCACCCUGCUGAGGUAGAGCUGGUGAAGGUGGAGGUGGUGAAGCCAGUGGAUGAAGAGCAUCUAGAAGAGGUUGUUGUUGGUCCGUCUUCAGAGGGCAAUGAGGAGUCCAAUCAGAGAUCAGCGGCCGACACUAUUGAGACUUCUUUGAACAGCUGUAAAGACUCACCUGGAAACACCAGCGUUCAGUCAGAGGACACAGCCGGCGAUGUGGAUGACUCCUGCUCUAAGGUCACAGCCAGCGCCCUACAAAGCAUUUCCCACAAUUCUCAGCGUGUGGCUCACAAAUGUCCUCAGUGUGGGAAGUGUUUCAUCUACCGCUCUCAGGUGAUCCGGCACCUGCGCAGCAACAGGUCCUGCAGCACAGCUCUGUCGUCUCCCAACGCAGCCAAAGAGCCCCGCCCCGCGGAGCCCCGCCCACUCAGGAAGUUCCCCUGCUUCCAGUGCAGCCUGGUCUUCAAAGCCAAAGCCGAGCUGCUGACGCACCAGCGCAGCCACCGCGCGCGCCCCUUCUACCGCUGCCAGCACUGCGACAAGGCCUUCCACCAGCUGUCCAGCCUGACCAACCACCAACAGAUCCACCUGGAUGAGACCCGCCUCGCCUGCAGCCAGUGCCACAAGGUUUUCGAGUCGGCGGCGCAGCGGGACGCCCACCUGACGCAGCACCAGCUCCCUAAACUGGACUGCUCCGUGUGCGCGCAGACCUUCGGCUCGCAGGCGCUGCUGCUGCGGCACCUGCAGACGCAUUCGGCAGAGGGCGCCGUGCUGCGCUACAACUGCCUUUUCUGCGACCAGACCUUCUCAGGCGUCACGCUACUUCGUAUACACCAGCGCUCGCACACGCCGCGCACGUACCGCUGCGACCAGUGCAACAAGUCCUACGCCUCCCCGACCAUCCUGCAGGCCCACCAGCUGACCCACCGCGGCGAGCGCCACUACCUGUGCCCGCAGUGCGGCAAGUCCUUCAAGACGCGCCACGGCCUGGAGUGCCACCUGCGCACGCACAGCGGCGAGCGGCCCUACUGCUGCCCCUACUGCUCCAAAGACUUCACCGCCAUCGCCGGCCUCAACGUGCACAUGCGGCGGCACACCGGGGAGCGGCCGUACGUCUGCGCCGUGUGCGGUAAAGGCUGGCCGUCCGGCGGCGACCUGCAGAAGCACAUGAGGAGCCACACGGGCGAGCGGCCGUACGUCUGCCAGUACUGCGGGAAGGGCUUCUCCAUGUCCUGCCACCUGACGGAGCACCGCAGGAUCCACACGGGGGAGAAGCCGUACUCGUGCCCGGACUGCGGCAAGUGCCUGCGGCGGAAGUUCGACCUGAAGAAGCAUUUGCUGUCCCACAGCAACACCCGGCCCCACGCCUGCCCCCUCUGCCCCAAGAGCUACACCCGCAAGACUCACCUGAGCAGACACCUGCUGACGCACAGGCCCGCCGAGGCCAGCCGGGACGGUCAGGAGGAGCAGAGAGACGUUUAAACGGACACAGAGAGCACGACGUUUUCGACAGAGACUGAAUUCAAAGCCUUGUGUUACCAAAGAUGGAGAAGCUUUUGGUUUGUUUUCCCGUUUGUUGCUGAGUAGAAUAAAGUGAGGAUGAAGAUGAAA